AUGUCUGCAUUUGCUCAACAACAAUCCAUCGCGUUCCGCGCGAACGUCGUCGCGAAAUCUGUUUCGUCGAAGAAACAAUCGAAGAAAAUUCAACGAUGCAGUUUACGCGUCGAGGCCGCGAAGAAAUCGGUCGGGGAUUUAAGCAAAAGUGACUUGGAAGGUACGCUUAAUAACGCGCACGCCGUUGCGUUCUUCGUUUUUUCAUCUCUCUUCUUGUAUUUUUGCACGGAGAAAUGCGAUGGGCGUUUGGUUUUGCGUCUUUUCUUUUCCGUUUCCGUUCGCAUCACGCGUGUAUUCUUUUAUUUAAACGCGCGCACAUUUGCCCGCAUUAAUCAUCAUCGUCUGUUUUAUGGGGGGGAGGUCAUAUCCGAAAUGACACGAUGA